AUGCAAGAAGCCAAGAAACCCUUUGUGAAGAAUACUCAAGUUGAGAAGCAAGUGGAUAAACAGCCUCCGAAGUUUGCUCCUAAAGAAGGAGGUAUGAAAACUCCUAUUCAAUGCUUUAAAUGUCAUGGCUUCGGUCAUCGAGCAAGUGAAUGCCCUAAUCGUAGAGCGUUUAUUUUGAGAGACACUUGUAGUGAGGAUACGAAAGAAUGUGAGGAAGGAGAUGACGAGGGCGAUCAUGAAAAUGAACAACUUGGUAGUGAUGAAGGGGAUAUGGAGGGUGAUGAUAAGGACAUUGUCCCACUCUACUUAUCUAGGAGAAUCAUGCCAUGUAUGGCUAAACCUCAAGAAGGGAAGGUCACUAUUCCAAACUAUGUGGUCCGAUGGACAAUGAUAAGCAAAGCCAUGGAUGAUCCUAGUCAACGGGAGAACCUUUUUCAUUCCAAGUGUAUCAUCAAUCAAAAUGUGUGUAUCAUGAUAAUUGAUAGUGGGAGUUAUGCGAAUGUUGCAAGUACGACUCUAGUUGAUUUCUUGAAACUCUCCACCACCCGUUAUGAACACCCUUACAAACUUCAAUGGCUCAAUGAGUGUGGAGAAUUGAAAGUGACCCGACAAGCUAUUAUUAAAUUCAAAGUUGGGAAGUAUCAAGAUGAGAUCCUAUGUGAUGUAAUUCCCAUGCAAGCUUGUCACCUUCUACUUAGGCGACCUUGGCAAUAUGAUGGGUCAACCAUGCAUGAUGGUAGAACCAAUCGAUAUACACUUGUCCACAAUGGGGUCAAACAUGUGAUGUGCCCAAUGUCUCCUCUUCAAGUUGGUGAGGUCUAUCACAAAAUGAGAGAGUUGAAAGAGAAGGGCAAGGGAGCCUUGCAAUCAAACGUGGUGGAUUUUGAUAAUGUGUUACCAACGGAACUCCCACAAGGAUUACCAACCUUGAGGGGAAUUGAGCACCAAAUUGACUUUGUCCCGGGGUCUCAAUUGCUAAACAAACCAGCUUAUAGAGACAACUCGGAUGAUACUAAGGAGCUUCAAAGAAGUUUUCAUGGAUUGGCUAGUUUUCAUAGGCGGUUUGUUAAGGGGUUUAGUACCAUAGCUGCUCCUUUGACCGAGGUAAUCCAAAAGGAUAAACCUUUUUCUUGGGGUGUGGAGCAAGCAAAGGCUUUUGAAUCUCUAAAACAAAUGCUUAGCUCUGCACCGUUGUUGCAAUUACACGAUUUUGACAAAAUCUUUGAAAUUGAAUGUGAUGCUAGUAAAGUAGGUAUUGGUGUCGUUUUGAUGCAAGACCAAAAACCCAUUGCCUAUUUUAGUGAAAAGCUUAAGGGUGCGACGCUGAAUUACUCCACCUAUGAUCUUGAAUUGUAUGCUUUGAUUAGAGAUUUGG